AGGGUGUCACUAUGAGGGGGUCGGCACCACGUGGUGACGUAAAACCGGCCUUUACAUUGGACAAUUGAUACUUCGCGCGUCAAUACGCGUUAUUUUCAGCCAUUUUUCGGUGUAAAUAGUUGUGUAUGUUGAGUUUGAAGUGCUUGUGAAAGCAGGCUAGUGUUUUGUCAACUCCAGCCCACUAGGAAGUGAAGCUGUGUAGGCUAACUCGUAAUGUAGCUAGGCUGUCUUCAAAAAAAACCUUUACACGAAUUUCGAAUCAUUUCCUGGUUUCUCUAACUAACUUUCAUUUUUAUCUCAGGGAAUGUAUUUUCUUUAAACGACUUUUUUGUUUGUUAUACUAACGUGGCAAUAAUAAGUAGAAGCUGGUGUGAUUUUUGUAGUUUUAUCCGCGAGCUUGGUUUUCUAUCUUGGCGCUGUCACAGAUAAAGUUAGUCAGGCUACUCUGACCUCUCACUAAAAUGUAACACAAAUACGUGUCCUGUAUCGUAGUCACCAGCACGUCGUUGAAUCAACGUCAACUACAUUAUGAGCAGCGGAAAACCCUCCUUGGUUAUUAAUGGCGAAAUCAACGAUAAUGAAAAUGUGUCGGAUUUGGAAAAAAAUAAAAUGAUGUUGUCUCCCGGUGACGGAGAGGAGACGCGCACCGAUAACAAUAUACAUCUCAACCGGAACGGAGACGAUACAACCCAAACCAUCAAACUAUAUAAACGGCGAUGGUUCAUCGUGUUGCUAUUCAGCUCGUAUUCUCUCUGUAACUCUUUCCAAUGGAUCCAGUACGGAAGCAUCAACAACAUUUUCAUGAGGUUUUACGGUGUCGAGUCUUUCACUAUAGAUUGGAUGUCUAUGAUAUACAUGUUGACUUACAUUCCCUUCAUAUUCCCGGUCACCUGGUUACUGGAUAAGAAAGGUCUCCGUAUUAUUGCGCUGGUGGCUACGGCCAUGAAUUGUACGGGGACUUGGAUCAAGGUGACAAGCGUGAGACCGGAUUUGUUUGCGGUGACCAUGCUCGGACAGUUCUGCUGUUCCCUUGCGCAGGUAUUUAUCCUCGGGAUGCCGUCGAAGAUCGCCUCGGUGUGGUUCGGAUCGGAGGAAGUGUCCACCGCUUGUUCCAUCGGGGUCUUUGGAAACCAGUUGGGUAUAGCCAUUGGGUUCUUGGUCCCUCCCAUCCUGGUGCCUAACGUUGAGGACAUGGAUCAGCUGGCCUAUCACAUCAGUAUAAUGUUCUACAUCACAGCAGGAGUUGCUACACUGCUCUUCAUACUGGUUGUCAUAGUGUUCCAGGAGCGUCCGGAGCUUCCUCCCACCCAGGCCCAGGCCACAGCUCGCUGCAUCCCUCCAGAACAGUACUCUUACACAGCCUCCAUCCUCAGGCUGCUCCGAAACAAACCCUUCCUCCUCCUUAUCCUCACAUACGGACUGAACGUGGGCUGCUUCUAUGCUGUUGGCACACUGCUGAACCGCAUGAUCAUCGAGCAUUACCCUGGUGAAGAGUUGAAUGCAGGGAGGAUAGGCCUCACCAUCAUUAUCGCUGGCAUGGUGGGGUCGCUGAUCUGUGGUAUCUGGCUGGACAGCACCAAAACAUACAAACAGACUACCCUGGCUGUCUACCUCAUGUCCUUCGUAGGGAUGUUGGUCUACGCCUUCACCCUCAGUCUGGGUCAUCUCUGGGUAGUCUUCCUCACCGCUGGAGCUCUGGGAUUCUUCAUGACAGGCUAUCUUCCCCUGGGCUUUGAGUUUGGUGUGGAGCUAACCUACCCCGAGUGUGAAGGCACCUCUUCAGGCCUGCUCAACUGCUCUGCACAGGUGUUUGGUAUCAUCUUCACUAUCUGCCAGGGGAAGAUUAUAGAUAACUACGGGACGCUGGCAGGAAACAUCUUCCUCUGUGUCUUCCUCUUCAUCGGAUCGGUCCUCACAGGCUUCAUCAAGUCAGACCUGCAGAGACAGAAGGCUAACCAGUUGGCCAAGGCAGCUGCAGACGGACAGCUCUCUGGACAGCAGCAGGGCUACGGGGCCACGACUCUAAUCAAGAGACAGGACAGCCCUUCUGAUUCUUCUCAGGCUUGAUCACUAACCCCUACCCCCCCUAACCCUUUACACUCUUAGCUCGAACCUCAGACGAGCCAAGGUAGGGGCACAGCAAACCGAACCAACAAUCACCACAUGCUUCUCUGUCCAUUAUUCUCUUAGGGGUGAAUCCUAACUUCUAUUUGAGUCAGAUUAAAAUGUAGUCUCCCCAUUUUGACAUUAGUGCAUAAACAAGUCGAAGUUAGGAUUCCCUCUAUCUGUACCUCUUUCACCUUUGACCAGGGUUUGAGAUUUCCUGGAAGAUUUAUUUUAUUACUAAGAUUUGUCUUUUCUAUUGGCUAAAGAAUGGACUUCACAUGAUUUUGAAGUUUUCUUGAAAAACGUUACCUCUCACCCUGCACCCCUCAAACCUCUUCUUCCAUCUUCACUUUCUACCUCACACUCCAGAUUCCAUGAUUUAUGCACAGCUUCUGAUCUUUUCACCUGUAUGUAGUAUCUCUGUAGUAUAAUAGGAUGUAUGUAGUAUCUCUGUAGUAUAAUAGGAUGUAUGUAGUAUCUCUGUAGUAUAAUAGGAUUUAUGUAGUAUCUCUAGUAUAAUAGGAUGUAUGUAGGAUCUCUGUAGUAUAACAGGAUGUAUGUAGUAUCUCUGUAGUAUAAUAGGAUUUAUGUAGUAUCUCUGUAGUAUAAUAGGAUGUAUGUGGUAACUCAUAUUUGUGUAGUGGGUCUAUAAUACACUGAGUGGACAAAACAUUAAGAACACCUUCCUAAUAUUGAGUUGCACCCCCUUUUGCCCUCACAACAACCUCUGUUUUUGGCGUUCCACAGGGAUGCUGGCCCAUGUUGACUCCAAUGCUUCCCACAGUUGUGUCAAGUUGCAGUUCUUAAGUUGUCAAGUUGUACUUCUUGACACACUCAAACCGGUGUGCCUGGCACCUACUACCAUACCCCGUUCAAAGGCACUUAAAUAUUUUGUCUUGCCCAUUCACCCUCUGACUGGCACAUAUACGCAAUCCAUGUCUCAAUUGUUUCGAGGCUUAAAAAUCCUUCUUUAACCUGUCUCCUCCCCUUCAUCUACACUGAUUGAAGUGGAUUGAACACAAGGGAUCCUAGCUUUCACCUGGAUUCACCUGGUCUAUGUCCCUCAGACUAAUCUCUGGACCUUGAAGCCAGUUCCAUUGCAUUUUUUUCAUUGUUCCCCUUUAAUCAGGGACUGAUUUUUAGACCUGAGACACCAGGUGUGUGUGCAAUUCAUUAUUAGGUAGGAUAGAAAACUGGCACCUCGUAGGGUGAGCUGAAUACCCCUGGUCUAUGUCAUGGAAAGAGCCGGUGUUCCUAAUGUUUUGUACACCCAGUGUACAUCCUUGUAUUUAUGUAGCGUAUUAUGUUUAUUUGUACUUUAGUUUUUCCGUUAUGUUGCCAGGGAUACUAAAACAGUUGGUCUACUUGUUUUUGUAAUAUUAUUUGCAUCAGGUUUAGGGUUGCAAAAUUCUUGUUUCGAGGAAAGAAAAUUCAGUUUCCAGAAAUCCUGGUUGUAAGAUUCCUGGAAUCGGAAGGAAAUAAGCAGGAUUUAUGGAAAACCUGGAAAUGUUGGGAAAGAACUUUGCAACUCUUAUCGGGAUCGUCUUAAGCUGGAACGUGAUUGACAUUUUUUGUUGUUGAUUGACAGGUCCCUUCAGAUCCCGAGGAUGGGAACCUCCCUGCCUCCGCAGUCCUCGAAGGAACCAGGUUUUAGAGACAGACGAUCUGCUGGACACACACACACAGUAAAUCACCAGCAUCUCCCACUCUGUGGAAUGUGAAGUUUAGGGGAGGAGCACAAUCAGGAAGUGUUUACGACCACUUCCCUUUAACACUGUCCAAAAAGACAUCCAAUAUUUAUGCAACAACAAAUUAUUUCUGUAUAAUUUCUAGAUGUGCCAUAUCUAAUCUACAAAAUGUUUACUGUCCAGAAUUAGCACAAAUAAUACUGUCGUUUUACAGUAUACACUGAGUAUAGAAAAGGUUAACCCCUGCUUGUUGCAUUACAUAGACUGACCAGGUGAAAGCUAUGAUCCCUUAUUUAUGUCACUUGUUAAAUCCACUUCAAUCUGUAGAUGAAGGGGAGGAGACAGGUUAAAGAAGUAUUUUUAAGCCUUGAGACAUUUGAGACAUGGAUUAUGUAUGUAUGGGCAAGACAAAAGAUUUAUGUGCCUUUGAAUGGUGUAUGGUAGUAGGUGCCAGGCGUACCGGUUUGUGUCAACAACUACAAUGCUGCUGGGUUUUUCAUGGUCAACAGUUUCCUGUGUGUAUCAAGAAUGGUCCACCACCCAAAGGACAUCCAGCCAACUUGACACAACUGUGGGAAGCAUUGGAGUCAACAUGGGCCAGCAUCCCUGUGGAACACUUUCGACACCUUGUAGAGUCCAUGCCCCGAAGAAUUUGAGGCGUUUCUGAGGGCAAAAGGGGGAAUGCUAGUCUCAAAGUAUCAUUUAGCUUUUUUUAAGACCCAAAUCUAAAGUUUUUUGAGGAUCCAUACACUAUUUUUUAUUUUAUAUAUUUUUUUACUAACCCCAAUCCUCGUUGUGCAGUACGGGGGCUCUGAAAAAACGAACAAAUGUGCCCAAAACAUUCAAAUGCGUCCUUUUAGAAAUCGUUAGAUGUUGUACAGAUGAAAUUGUGUCAUUCUGAACUUUUAUCCACUACAUUAUAUUUAAUUUUGUGGCGACUGAAGCGUCACUUCUUUGUUCAUUCUAGCAGCAGACUAUACAGAGAAUGGAACAGCUGGAUGGGGGAAAUGGCUUGAGUUGCACAAAAUGGAAUAUAACGUUUGCGGAUAAAGUUCGGAAGGACACAAUGUCAUGUGUACAACAUGAAAAGACCUGCAGCACUAUACUGAGUGCGUUUCCAUUUCUAAAAGGACGUAUUUGGGUGUUUUUGGAGCGAUUAAAAAAAAAAUACAAAUAAAAAAUAAUCUUUAUAUAUAUUUUUUUCAGAGCACCCGUACUACACAACGAGGAAGUGAAUCGCAGGUUUGGGUAAUUUUCUCAAAAACAAGUGGAAGAAAAUAGAGAUUUAGUUGUAUAAAAAAAAGCUAACUUAUCCUUUUUUAAUGUUUCAGUUGCAAAGAAAGCACUACUAAAACACCCACAAAGACAGUUUCCAAUAUGUAGCCAUUGAACUUUAUUGUUUUUGCUAUUCUUUGUCAUUAAAAUAAACUUUUUUUUUUUUUAUUAAUCUUUGAAAGAAUGCACAAGUAUCUUGGAGAAAUGUUUUUAUAAAUACUGAUUGAUUUGUAAAACGAUCAAUUGAUGACGUAGGGAAAAAAAAGCUGGGAAGGUAUGUUAUGUUGUCGUGUCACACUAAUGAAGGGUAGAGUACUUUUGUAAGAUAAUUUUAUACUACCUGAAUCUAUGAAGUGUUUUUUUUCCCCGUCACUUUUCUAGAAACACAGAUUUAUAGUUCUGUAUAACAGUCCAUGUUGUUCUGUAAAUGUCACAUCUAUUUAACAAACAGGUACAUGUCUGUUUGUUGAAAUAAAGAAUGGUUUCCUAAAAGUA